AUACAAAUAAACUUUCCCAUGUGAUUGAAGAAUCAAAGAGACAACGCCAGCCAUAUUCCGUGACUGAGUAUAGAAAAUCAGACAUGAAAUUCAUUGGUAUUAAAAGGCGGCUAGUUGGUCAAAAAUCUCUACCUUCUAUUACCCCAGCUGUCUCUCUCUCUCUGGUAUUCCCCUUCUCUGCUUAUAUAUCUAAGCCCUGACCAAACUUUUGGCUUGUCACUCUGCUACAUAGCCAAUUUGAGCUAUCAAUCGCAGAGGAGGCUGAGAAUUGACAAGAAAAAAUGGAAGUGGUGAUACCAACUUCGCCAAUUAUGGAUUUUGAUUUCAACAGUGCUAGAUCAUCUCCUCGUUCAAGUGCUCCUUCUACGCCUAGACGGUUUGGUGAAUGUUUCUUUAGUGCACCGACAAGUCCUACACGUAUGUCUGAGUUUUAUCGUGAAUUUGAUGGAUUCUCGAUGAUGAAUGAUAGGCAAAGCAGCAUAAGAAGCAGUUCUUUGGCGAUUCCUUUUGAUUGGGAAGAGAAGCCUGGUACACCAAAGUCACCAAGAGCAACAAGAAUUGGUGAUGGGAAAGGAGAUGAUUUCGCUUUUGAUUUUAGUGAGGCCUUGGAGAAAACUUCUCUGUCAGCUGAAGAACUCUUUGAUGGGGGGAAAAUCAAGCCCUUGAAACCUCCACCUCGAUUGCAGUUUGAUGAGUAUAAUCAGAAAAGCCCACUUUUAUCAUCACCAAGGUCGCCAAGAUCACCAUUAUCCCAAGGUAAAAAGAUCAUCCGUGAAGCUUUUUCACCAAGAAAGAAAAAAGACCGAGACCCUUUUGCGACUGCUAUUGAAAGUAGUCGAAAUAAUACAGAACAUGGAAGAGGAAGAGAAAGAGUUCAAGAUUUCCCAUCAAAGAAUUCGAACCGUAGAGCAGCAAGAUCACUUUCUCCUUACAGAGUCUCAGAGUAUCCUUGGGAAGAAGAAGAAGAAGAAGAAGAAAAAGAAGAGAAACAACAUCAAAAUGAUCAAGCCACCAGCACCAAGCAAUCAUCUUUGAAUUCAAAGCCUUCGUUUUCUUCAACUUCUUCAAAGGGUUCUUCCAGAAAAUGGAGAUUAAGAGAUUUCCUGUUGUUUAGAAGUGCAUCCGAGGGACGUGCAACAGAUAAAGAUCCAUUCAGGAAGUACUCGUCAGGUUUUUUCAGGAAACCUGAAGAUAAGAAGACUUCAAGUUUCCGAUCCACUGACAGCUCUGGUUCAGCUGGAUCCAGAAGAAAAGUAUCGGCUCACGAGCUACAUUACACAACGAAUAAAGCAGUAUCUGACAACAUGAAGAAGAAAACUUUCUUGCCAUACAAACAAGGUAUUUUGGGUAGACUAGCUUUCAAUCCUGCUGUCCAUGCUCUUUCCAAUGGAUUCGGAACAUUUACACGAUCACAUAAUACUAAGUGAUUUCAUCAUCUCCAUUAGUUUAUUCUAAGUGAUUUCAUUUGUUUGUUGUCAAGAUUAAUCAUCCAUUUGAUUAUUGCUCCUAUAAAGUGUAAAAUUCAUACGAGGAACCAUAAUCAUGAGUUGUCUGAAUUCUGAAAUCAAUAGAACUUUGUGUUGAAUGCUAA